AUGUCUUUUCUAGAAAUCUGUUUCACCACAUCCAUUAGACCAGUGAUUUUAAUGAACCUUCUGUCUCAAACACUAAAGCUGUCAUACGGACAUUCUAGUGUCACUGAUGAUUUCUUCUGUUAUCCUGAACCUCUCUUGAAACUUCCCUGUGGCGAAAGAACUUGCAGACUUUGUGACAGCAGUCAUUGUUUUACUGAGCUCAUUAACAUGGACAAUCAUCUACAAUACAUCUUCUCCACUGUGCUGAAGAUCACAUCUGCCUCAGGAAUACAAAAGGUCUUCUCCACUUGUGGUGCUCAUAUUUCUGUGGCCUCUCUAUACUAGGGCAGUGCCAUAUUCACGUAUAUGAGAAUUUCACAGACUUCUCUUGAUAUCAAGAAAGUUGCGAAGGUACUGACUCCGGUGGUCACACCUUCGCGAAAUCGAAUCACCUACACCUUGAGGAAUGAGAAAGUGAAAGAGGCCUUGAGAAUUUUCACUCAC